GAUGCAAUUUUUUUUAGUUUAAUCGAUCCCCACGUAACAGAUUAUUGCGUCGUUAUCAACACAAUAAAGUCUUAUCGAACGUUGUGUUCCGCGCAAUACGAAAACGAAGAACCCCAAGUUAUCAAAUACGAUCAUCAUCAUCACCAACGCCGGAAAGACUUAAAUAAAGACUUAUCCUUACCAAAAAUAAGUUGCGUCGGAAAACGUACUCAUUUCACAUUAAACGAUUUACAAAAAGGACAAAAUUAUUUCGUCGAUGUUUUCGCAAUCAACCAACAAACAAAUUUAACGUACCCUUAUGGUUCAACAAAAACCAAAUUCGACGCUUACAUCAAACCCACAUCCCUUAAAGACGGGAAAUUAACAUUCGUUAAUUUAAAAAAGUUAGAUGGAAAAGCCGAAUUUAUUUACAAGUUAGAAAAAUCAUCGGAAAAUUCGUUAGAAUUUUAUUUCAUCCCAUGCGGGUUAAUGGACAUCGAAAUAAUCCUAAAACACAACGGAACAAAAUCGAAAUCCCGCUUAAAAAAUUUCGGAAAAAUCACCAUCGAUAACCCAACCCCGUUAAAAUACUUCUUACGAGUGCUCGAUCGCAAUUUUUCAUCCGAUAUUCGAAGAUCUUCAGGAGUUAAGGUUUUGGCGACAACAAAACCAUCAAAAAUACCAUUCCCGGUGCUUCCCUCACGAACGGAAGUCCACGAAUACAUAUCAAUGCGAAAAUGCGACCAAAUCACCAUCGGGUGGUACGCUUCUCCCAUGAAAAAUAACGCGAAAUAUUGUGUGGCUAUAAAAAAGGGAAAAUUGCAAACGCAAAAUGAUAAGUUGGAUUUAACGGAUCGUUGCCGAGAUUUUAAUUUAAAAUCGUUGGGGGUUACGUAUUGUAAAGAAUUUAAGGAGUUUAAAAGUGUUUUAUCAUCGCAAGAUGAAAUAAUCAUGGAAACUAUUGAAAAUUUGGAAUCGGGGGAAAGUUACGUUGUUUACGUUUCGAUACAAAAGAAAAAGGGGAAAACUUUAUCUUACGAUUUAUUACAAGCUUACACCAAAGCUGAAUGUAGUUAAUAUAUUGUCUAUAUUUAAUAAAAUUUUAUUAAAAUAAAA